AAUUACGCACAUGAAUUUUUGAGGAACCGUCGGAGGGUUAUCAAAACCCCGUUUCGGGCAGAGUAUGCGUGAUGCGUAGCGGUGCUGCAGCUCUCUGCCUGUGCAGCCCGGCGGUGAGGCUGAGGCGCAGUUCAGGAACCAUCAGCAGCGGAGCGAUACCACCAUCUCCUCUCAGCCCCGGUUUGUCAAACCGAGAGCGUGCGGCUCACUGUACCUGAGCUAACGUGCCGUCAUAUGGGGGGGUGGGGGGCAGAGGAGCAGAACUGGACCAAGGGACCUGUCUCUAAUGCCCUGAAAUGCUGUGCCAUGUCGCUCUCGCAUUAAGAGUUAUCUCCCUGGGCUGGCUGCUGCUGUUCUUUUGCAACUGAUGAGGAUUUUAUUAUUAGCCUAUUUUUUUGAUGCGCUUCUGUGGAUGUCUGUGAAGAUGUUUGUUCUGGUGCUGUGGUGUAGUGCGUGAGUCAUCAUCGGCAGUGGCGAGCGGGAGCUGUUGUUGGGGCUCGUUGACAUGCAUUCCCCCUGAGCUUGGCGACGCCUCCCUCAGUGGUGUAGUGGCAGGAUGCCAGUGCAGGCGGCCCAGUGGACAGAGUUUCUGUCCUGUCCCAUCUGCUACAAUGAGUUCGACAGCAGCGGCCACCAGCCCAUCAGCCUGGGCUGCUCGCACACGGUGUGUAAGACCUGCCUACAUAAACUGCACCGCAAGGCCUGCCCCUUUGAUCAAACACCAAUCAGCACCGAUAUUGACCUGCUGCCAGUCAACUGUGCCCUGCUGCAGCUGGUUGGAGCUCAGGUCCCAGAUGUGCAGCCGGUGAGCCUGAGCAGUGCAGCAGAAGUUGAGAACUAUGAGGUGUGCAGGGCUUGCGUGGAAGAGCUGGCUCUCUACCUAAAACCUAUUAGCGGGGCAAAAGAGCUGUCAUCUUCUGCAGGUGUGGCGACUCUGAGUCCGAGCGUGCUCAGUCGGCCAAUGCAGAGGAAACUGGUAACCUUGGUGAACUGCCAGCUGGUGGAGGAGGAGGGCCGUGUGCGCGCGGUGCGGGCAGGCAGGUCGCUGGGGGAACGAACCGUAACUGAGCUCAUCCUGCAGCACCAGAAUCCCCAGCAGCUCUCUGCCAACCUGUGGGCAGCGGUGAGGGCACGGGGCUGCCAGUUCCUGGGACCUGCUAUGCAAGAAGAUGGACUGAAGCUAGUUCUACUGGCUCUGGAGGACGGCUCAGCUUUGUCCAGGAAGGUGCUGGUUUUGUUUGUAGUCCAAAAGCUCGAGGCUCGGUUCCCCCAGGCCUCCAAAACCAGCAUAGGCCAUGUGGUGCAGCUUCUCUACAGGGCCUCCUGCUUCAAGGUGACUAAGCGUGAUGAGGACUCUUCACUGAUGCAGCUGAAGGAAGAGUUUCGGACAUACGAGGCUCUAAGGAGAGAACAUGACGCUCAGAUCGUCCACAUAGCCAUGGAGGCGGGCCUACGAAUUUCACCUGAGCAGUGGUCUUCCCUGCUGUACGGAGACCUGGUUCACAAGUCACAUAUGCAGUCCAUUAUUGACAAGUUACAGUCUCCAGAGUCAUUUGCAAAGAGUGUUCAGGAGCUGACAAUCGUUCUGCAGAGGACAGGAGACCCUGCCAACCUCACAAGCCUUAGACCUCACCUAGAGCUACUAGCCAACAUCGACCACAACCCAGAUGCCCCGGCACCAUCAUGGGACGAGCUGGAAAGUGUGAUGCUGGCUGUAAAGUCGGUAGUUCACGGACUGGUGGAAUUCAUACAGAACUUUAGCAAGAAGAGCCACGACACUCCACAGCCUCAGGCCAAUAGCAAGUACAAGACCAGCAUGUGCCGAGACCUUCGUCAGCAGGGAGGCUGUCCCAGAGGAACCAACUGCACAUUUGCACACACACAGGAUGAGCUAGAGAAAUUUAGACUGAGGAACAAGAAGAGCAGCAGUGUGGGCCGUGCGUUCCCUUUAGCGCCGGGGGUUAUGGGUAAAACCUUCACCAUGGAGGGCAGCAUCCACACAGAUGUGUCUACAGGAGCGGGGCAGGGGCUCAAAGGCACAGGGGAGAACACAGCCACACUGACAGAGGGAGUGCUGGGCCUCACUCAACCCCAACUGAUCUCCAGGGGGGCUGACAUGAUUGAGGAAAUGAAGAGAGCGGUGCCAAAUGGAUCCAAUGGGGCUAACGGGUCCAACGGGCUAUCUGGCACCAACAGAAACACGUCGGGGUCAACAGAACAGAAGUCCAUCUCUCCUCCCCGGACUCCAGUCAGCCACUCCUCAGCGUCAUCUCCCUUGACAACAGUUGGGCGGGGUGAUGGUGGCGCUCCUAUGCCCAAACAUGGUCAGUUUAUGCUGCGUGCAUCCCAUCCUUCUCAGGCGUCUGAGCUGUACUAUCAGGAUCCCCACUCUGCAUAUGACACGCCCCAUUAUCAAACAACCUCAGGUUCCUACUACCCAUCUACUCUUCAUCCUCCUCACAAACAUUGCAUGGCUCGAUUCCUUCGAUCCUCCAACGUCCCAGAAUCCUCUCUGCCACCUUCGAUCGGCCCUCCACCAUCUUCCUACCCCAGUGACGGUCAAACGUCACACCCACCGUCCUCCUCGUCUUCGGGGUACUCAUCACACCUGCCUAGAGAUCGAAUGGGACCUCCUGCCUUCCAUCCCCAUCCGGGGCAGCCUCAGUACGGGCCUCUGGCUCCUGCUCAUGGUGUUUAUGCUCCACUCUAUGACAGCAGGAGAGUAUGGAGGCCUCAGCUGUACCACAGAGAGGAUGCCAGGAGUAACUCACUGCCUCCAGAGGUGCUGCACUCCUCCGUCUACCAGCCUCCACUCAGGGAGAGAUUCAACUCUUUAGACAGCAACUACUGCUCUGGAGCCGAACACCGUGCAGGGCUACACAGGGAUUAUGGCCGUGUUCCUCUGGGCUACGAGGAUCUGUUCAGAAGGAAGCAGGAACAGUGGGCUCAUCAUCACCACCAUCACAACGCCAACAGGCCCUCCCAGUCCUCCCCCAUCUUCACCAUCGAUUUUGGAGCAGAGCAUGUGGAGAGCAGUGGAGGCCAGUGCAUGGGGUGCAGGUUCAGAGGCGAGGAAAGUUUAGCGCACUACUCUCCAUGGUCCUGCGGUACCAUCGGCCCUUGCCUCAGCCACUUUGAGCCUGAAACGCUCGCACACACCUCGCCUCACUCCUGCUCAGAGCACUCGGAGUUGGACAGUAAUGCAGGUGGAGGUGGUGGCGUUAGCAGUAGUGGUGUCGGAAAGCAAUGGCUGCAUUCAUUGGAUCACUACAGGCGCUUGAAAGAUGAGGACCCGAUCAUUCCCUUCAGUGAGGGGCCCAUUAUCUCCAAGUGGGGUGCCAUAUCUAGGGCAUCUCGCACGGGCUACCACACCACCGACCCUGUCCAAGCCACAGCCUGCCAGGGCAGUGCCAACACCACACCCAUCAACUUUAAAGAUUACAACCCCCACUUGGAUCACAGCGACUACAGGUGGAGCUCAAGAGGAUCAGACUCGUCCAGCCACUCCAGUUUCCUAGAGAGUGAGCAGCUUUGCCCAUCAGAGCUUCACGUCCGUCGAACUUCAAUAAGCAGUGGUGAGAAAAUGGUGUCUGAUCUGCAAGCCCGUCAGACUGCCUACAGCCAGGAUCGAGACCGGGCCGAGAGCGAACCGGACCCGGAUCGGGACAUUGAGCUGGAACUGUGCGCUCUUGACAUGGAAGAUUCAGACCACCAGGAGAUCAAGUCUCAGGAGUCUUUAGACCUGGCCACCCCACAGUCUCAAGAUGCUUCCCACCUCCUCCCACCUCCAUGCUCCUCUCCCCUCCUCUCUUCUCCUGUGGAGGAGCACCCCCAAACAGAGGGUCCUUUGACUGAAAAGAUGGAUGCUCACCUGCUGAAAAAGAUGGCCUUCAGGAAAUCUCAGUCUCCGGGAGGGUUGGUCUCAGGAGGCCUGGGCGUCGGCAAGCUGGUGCUGCGGACUGGACCUCCUCGACUGGGAGACGCAUCAAUGCGGGCUUGUCCCGAAACACCCGUGACUGAGAUGCUGCUCAAUGGAAGCUAAGAGGACACCAAAUCAGACACUGACCUGCACCUAGCUAGAACUGAGUCGCUUCCCCACAACCAGAUCCUGCUUAAAGGAAAUCCCAUUUAAUUCCAGCCUUUGUACAUGUCAAUCAUAUGCCUAAAUAAAACCUGACAGAUAUGGGUCAACAUUCUGCGCUGCGCCAAAUCCUAAGUGGCCAGCAAAAACACAUUGUCCCGCCUCCUAAGUGGUGAUUUCCACCAAUGUACAGCUCCAAUUAGUGAUAUCACUGUUUAUGCCUAGUAAGGUACACGGCCAGUUUGCCCCUUACAGUAGAUGCUGUACUUGUUUGCAGUUUCAACCCGGUCACAUUUAGGAGAAAGGCUGGAGAUCACACAGCAUCUUCACCACAUGAUUGAUUGCCAAUACAUGCCUGAGGUGUACACAUCAUCUGCUUUGUUGUCAUUCAACUAGGCUGACAAAGACAGACUUAUGUAUGACUGGCUUUUUUUCAUGUUGCUUUCACAUGGUCUGUCAGAGAGCAAAAGCCGGACAAUACAGUAAAAUGAGUGAAUUUUCUUAAGUCAUGCAACUUUUUAAGUUGACUUUAGGAAUUUUGGUCACACUAUUUAAUUUCACAAUAUUUCACGAAUAAAAAAAGGGUUUAGGGUAUGCUCAUGAAUUUUCACAUAUACUUUAUUGAUAAUUUCUUAAACAUCUACAGACAAAGCGAAACAGUUGAAAUGUUACAAAAAAUCAUAUUAAAUAUACUAUAUCAUACUAAUCGUACAAAUAAAGUGUUACCGGCGCUGGUUUAGAGCCAAGUAGCUAUCCAAAGGUGCAUUAAAGAAAACAGCGACAUUAUAUCACACCUUUUGAAACUUUAGAAUUUUCAAAACCUUAUGAAUGUCUGACAAUUAUAUCUUGUCUUGCUAUGUCUUUACAUGUUAAGGCAUUUGUUUCCAUAAGCAUCCUUACAUGGCAGUACCCUCACCUAGCUCCAUGCUACUGGUUUAGCUUAUAGGCUUUAUUGUAUUGCUGCAUAACACAUUUUCAUUAGUAUUCCCUGAUAAGCAUUACAAUACUGGAAACAAAAAUAGGUAGGGUGCUCUUUCUUAAGAGAAAAUAAAAAAACAGGCUAUGCUGAUACUAGCCUGUGUCUUUUAUUACUCAUAUGACUUUUUAAAUGUUGACUUCCCUUGACUGUCAAGAGACCACAGAACACAAUGACACAGUCAGAAACUGAAUUUAUAUUAUCAGUGAAGGUCAGGAGGGUUGACAACAAAACAAAGAUGUGUGUACACUUUUUUUUUUCACCCAUACUAUACAACCUUUAGCAUCUUGGUUGCUAUUUUUUUUUUUUGGAACAGAAAUUUGUAUUUUAAGCUGCAGAUGGAGCUUAUUUAGUAGAUUUCUAUAAGAGCUGUUUUAACCCAAAAUCCAUCUAAAAAACAGUUGUUUCAUCUUUGUGUGCCUAUAGUGGUUCUGGUAUUUAAUCCUGCUGACUGUAAAUUAGGAAUAGUUUCACUGCUCUCUAUCUCACACUCACACAGAGUAGACACAAACAUGCAAUACAGUGGCCUUUCUCUCCUUGGUGUUAUCUAGAAUCUAAACAUUGGGCUUUACAAUGACUUUUGUCCAUGUCCACUGACAGUCUCCUGUCCUGUAUCAGAGGUGUUAUCUUUAACGUAAACGUGGCACUGGAAAUCACAUUUGUUAUUGUAAGCCUGUGGCAUUUUCUGUGCUUUCCAGUGAUGUCACCUUUACAUACAAGCUGAAGCCUACAAAAGCGAGGGACAUCACUUCUUGUGUUUCUUCAUGCUGUAUCUUUGUUAAACUUUUUAAAACUUUUUGGUUUGUUUUUAUUUUAUGCAUUGCUAACUUCUGUGAAGUUGUUUGUUGGGGUAUUUUGUAUCAGGAUCUUUGUUACUCUUGUUUUGAUGGCUAUGUUUUACAUCCCAGAGACAAAACUGAUUGUCUUGUCUAAUGGUCCUGUGCGUUUGGUGGCCAUCAGUACGCCGUUUAGUUCACUGUAAUUUUGCGCUGUGUGGUUGAUUUCCAUACAGCCCAGCCUUGCCUCACUCCCUUUUUAUGGAUAUGAGGCAUCUUAUCAUGUGACUAGGUUUUAAUGACUUAAUAACAUGAAAACAUCAACCCAUUAUAGAUAUACAGGAUUUAAAGUCAUGAAGAUUCUUGUUUGUUUACACCUAUUCUAAAUCUUAUGAGAUUUGUGUAGAAUGAGAAGACUGAUCUUUGAAUCUUUCAAGCUUCCUAUUUAAUUUCCUCUCAUCUAGGCUUCUGUACCUUUUUUAGCAGCAAUGUCAUUCCUCUCAGAUUAUACAUUAAAUCACAUUUUAGAGGAUGGCAUAGUGGCCAUAUUUGUCAGGACUGCUUAUUGAGUUUCAAGUUAAAACUUUAACUUUAUUAACCUGAAUGAACAAUGAAAUUGUGGAAGGGUAACCUUUCUUGGGUUUUGCUCUUAUCUUCCACUCCAAAUGCCGGGUUAAGUAGACAGUGAAAGUGAAAAAUUGGACAAAAAAAUUCAGUGUGAAUGCUCUUUUAAAAACUCCAACGUUUUGUAGGGUUCAUUUUUGAGAUGAAAAGGCAAGAGCUGGUGCGUGAAAUCAGCUCGGCUACCUACUUUCGCUCUGCAUCUGUUUACAGCUUCACCUUUGAAGUCAUGUAAUGUUAAGUGCCAUGUUGUGUACAAUAUAGUACAAUCGAUCCCUGCAAUUUUCCUACAGCUUUUCAUAUUCCUCUACUGUAAACUAUGUGAGAAGGGUGAUACUUCUCCUGUAGUUCUGCUUUGUUCCAUUAGAGGAGGCUAAGAUCCUUGUCUGUCUGAAUCGCUCAGGGAAGAAUUAAGUUGCUCAGUUACUUUGGCUUUUUCUAUAUUCAUCACUUAAAUAUUCUCUGAAAGUAUUUACCUGAAUUUCACUUGCUAAUAACUGGCCCUUUUACCCAAAGCAUAAAUGGUGUUACGACGAUUAUAUUGUUUGCCAGUGUUUUCUUUUGCCUCUCAGUAUUAAUAUUGGCUUUGCUAUUCCUGUUCUCAUGGGAAAGGGCUGGUGCACUACUGUAUGUAAAAACAGUAUUGUGAUAUUUAACUAAUGUACUCCCUGUUUCCUUUAAAGUGUCUAUAGUGCACUGCUGUAGUGGCUAAUUGCGCUGUACUAAUUCCCACUCCAUCACUGCCAGUGGGUGCACUCUGCCAGUGAGUGCCCCCCCAUCUCCCCUGAACAUUUCUUCACCCAUCCUCCCUGCGUCAUGCAUGCGAUAUGGUCCCUCUUGUGAUGCCGGAGGAGUAUUGAUGAUUCUGUAGUUGUGAUACAACACACCCAGCGCUGUAAGAGUUCUGCACAUGCCCACUGUGUGGCCACGUCAAGUGCUGAAGUUUGCUUGCAGCAUUUUACUUGUUUGCUCACGAAAAUGAAUUCUUGUUUAAUGGAGAUAUUAUUAUUAUGACUUUUGUUGUUAUUACCACAUUUGGUUGUUGUGGUAUUUUUCCUUCUCGGUAUAUUCUAAGUCUGCUUCUUUGUUUUGAAUUUGAAAAUUUGCUGAAACUGUUGACAUUUUUUAUUAGACAAGAAAGUGUCUCAUUAUUCUAUAUUCUAUGGAGAAAAAAAGCCUGUUUGUUGAUUGUGAAACAUAUGAUGAACUGAUGUUUUCUGACUAUUCAUGUCUGUAUUAGACAUUUUAUUUGCAAAUCUAUUGUUCGAUUGAAAUGUAAAUGAACUAUUAAGAGAUGGUACACAUCCGUCAUUGUAUACAGUCUGGCACCAUCAUUAGAUGGACUUAUAGUAUUGACGCUCAUUUAUACAACCUGUGAUAAUCAGAUAUAUUUAAGUGUUUAAAUCAUUGGGGCAGUUGUGUAAUGUUUCAGAAUGAGGAAAAUAAAAUCCUUAAGAGACAGCAUAUCUAAAACGUCCCCAUAAUGAAUAAUACUGUUACGUAUUCCAUUUAUUUCCUUGGAAAUAUCACAUUGUGAAAGGUUUCCCUUUUACUUACUGUAAGGUAAUGCAGGACUGGAGUAAGUCUAACCUAUGGUGAUAAUGAUUUGUGUGCUAUUGAUGAUUGAUGAAACUGAGUAUUGUUUGACUGCAUUUUCUGGCUUGUUCAUCUGUAUCACACUGACUUACAGACAGCUUGGCCGGGCAGCAUACUGCUUCUGUUUGCGCUGAGAGAUGGAAUUAUGAAGAGGAAGAUUUCAGAACAUGAAAUUGCAUGCUACAAUAAACAAAUAACAAAUAA